CCUCGACUCUAUAUUCCUUUGAGAAUGCCUGGCUCCUCUCUUUGGCUCCUCCCACCUGCUGAUCAUCCGCUGAACUCCAUUCUCUCCUCCCUCAUUCAGGAAACCUCCUCACAUUUCAACUCACCCCAACUCUUCAUCCCACAUAUAACUUUGACUUCAGAAAUAUCGCCGUCCACAUACUUACCAGAUCCGCAAGCAUGGCUUGAUCACCUAAAGUUGCCAGCUGGUAAAGAUGUAAGGGUCAAGAUGGGGAGGCUACAAAGCGAGGACGUCUUCGUUAGGAAGUUGUAUAGCAAAGUCGAGAAGCAAGGAGUUGUCGAGAUUGCAAAAUUGGCACGGACUGUUGUUGCAGGUUUCAAUGAGGAUGAGGGGGCUCAGAGGUGGGCGAAUGAAAAGUAUGGGCCACACCUGAGUCUUUUGUACCAUGACUGCCCGAAGAUCGCGGAAGAUAGCGUUGCGAAGAUUGAACAGCUGGUCCGAGACUCUGGGGUUGGUCUGGAUGGAGAGGGGGAAUUAGCUGGCUGGACAGGAGGUAGGGUAGUUCUCGUGCCAACUGAUCGACCGAUCAAGGAAUGGAACCCUUUGGCAGAGAGAAAGCUAUGAAUCCAUGUCUUGAUUCACAAACGUUCCAACUGUCAAUGAAAAUUGCAAUGUCAUUUACUAUUUCGAUU